CACCCAGAGCGACAGGGAGAGGCUACCCGGCUGCAGGGCCGACCGCAGAGCGCCGUCCCAGCGGCCGCGGGGAGAGCUCUGCCCGGGCAGAGCCGCGACCAACACGCCGUCCGCGCCCCCGCGUCCGCGCUCUCGCCAGGUUCUCGCGCCCAUGGCCGUGCGGCCCGGCAACAGGCGGCUGUGUACAUGAGCUCAGAAUGAAACGAUGGAAAACGGGGUCUACCCCCUGCUGCCGGAUACCAUUGUCCUUGAAGUGUUCCAGAACCUGGAACACCAGGAUGUCCUUGCUGCUGGCAGCACUUGCAGGCAAUGGUACGGAGUGUCCCGUGAUGACUUUCUGUGGAGGGAUCUCUUUUAUCGCUAUUACAAUGUGAAUCGGUCAAUCCCUCGACAUCCAGCUGCUACUUCAUGGCUGGGUGAGUUCCGCAGGCUGUAUGAUACAAUUCCCUGUGUGCAGGUGGCAACUCUGAAGGAACAUCGAGACCAAGUCUUGCAUGUCAGCUUUUCUCACAAUGGCUACUUAUUUGGCUCUUGCUCCAAGGACUGUUUUGUCAAGGUAUGGAACAAUGACCUGGAGAUAUCGGUGUUACAUAGUGCUAAUAUGCGCCCCUACAAUUGGAGCUACACCCAGUUCUCCCAAUUCAAUGCUGAAGACACCCUCCUCCUUGUCUCUGGAGUCUAUAUUGGGCCUCACAGUUCAUCCUCUGGUGAAAUUGCAGUCUUCAAUCUAGAUGACUUCACGUUGCUGUCCCGAGUGAGGAAUAAACCCUAUGAUGUCUUUGGUUGUUGGUUAAAUGAAACACAUUUAAUCUCUGGGAACCUGCACUGGAUUGGGAACAUGACAUCUUGUUCGGUGCUCUGGUUAAACAAAGCCUAUCAGGAUAUUGAAUCGGAAAAUAUAAACGUGGUGAAGAGACUGUUUCAGCUGCAGAACCGGAACGCCAGCACCAUUCGCACAGUGAUGGUGGCAGACUGCAGCAGACAUAACAGUCCGGAUCUUCUGCUGGGCUUCGAGGAGCAGGGACUCAGUUCAUCACCUCGGGUGUUUUACCUGGGUAGCGACAGCGAGGACGAAUGUUACAACAAGCUGAAGCACAGCAACGAGAGUGCAAGUGAGCUGGAGGCUGGUGUGCGGAAUAGUGCAGAGAUAGAGGCAAACAUGGACACUAUAGGGCUCCAGCCUCUGUUAGAUGAGAAGCAGCUGGAGGCACGAGUGGCAGAUCUUUUUCUACAGGCCAAGACAAAGUCUACAGACAUGGAUAUCCUAUCAGAGUGUCAGGAAACUCAAAACAAGAAGUACUUGAUCUUCACCACAGGAAGCCUUACCUACACUCCCCACCAGAUAGGUAUUAAACAAAUAUUGCCUCAUCACAUGACAACAACAGGUCCAGUACUGGGAGAAGAACGGAGUUCUAGUGAGUUCUUUGAUCCUUUGGACCACACGAUUGAUGUCCAUGGUCACAUCAUUGGAAUGGGUCUGUCUCCAGACCACAGGUAUUUAUAUGUGAACAGUCGUGCCUGGCCCAAAGGCUGUGUCAUCAGUGAUCCCAUGAACCCUCCGCCCAUUGCUGAAGAAAUUGAUAUACACGUAUUUGACUUGAAGACAAUGCAGGAAGUAACACAGACCCUGCGGGCACAUACUGCUUACACUCCCAAUGACGAAUGCUUCUUCAUCUUCUUGGAUGUCAGCAGGGAUUAUGUUGCCAGUGGUGCUGAGGACCGACAUGGCUACAUCUGGGACAGGCACUACAACAUCUGCUUGGCAAAGCUACAGCACGAGGAUGUGGUGAAUUCUGUGGCCUUCAGCCCGGUGGACCAAGAAAUGUUGAUCACGGCCAGUGAUGACUGCACAUUGAAAGUUUGGCGUUCACCACGCAUUAUGCGUAUCAUCAGCACCAAGCCCACCCACAAGAAAUUCUCCUUCUUCUGGCUCAAUAAGAAGUGACUGAGUCAUGGGCCAGGAAAACUGGUUGAGAGGUUGAUGGCUAAAGGAGGAAGGAGAGGUUACUCUGGGUACCUGUAGCUAAUACUACUGUACUCGUCCAGAUGACUUCAAAUUUUCAGGACAGUGGUUACAGAGGAGAGAAUAUCAAAAUUCAUUUGAGCUUUCUGAAUUGUGCUUUCAAGUCCCUCAGACAUGCAGUCAGUCCAUGUUGAAUGAAUCUGAAGAUAAAUGCUUCUAACCAACUACAGCAGGACAUUGACUUAAUUUGCAUGUCUUCUCAGAUCAGCAAAUAGUGCUUGCCAGCUGUUCUUCCCAAACUGGUGCCACGUAGCUCAACAGUUCAGUUCAACUGAGGUUCCUACUCCCACUGCAGCCUUACAAGUGGAGCCUACAGAUAAGUUAACUUGGAACGGUGUAAAGAAUAACUGAAAACACUUGACUCUCUGGGUUGAAACUCUGUAUUUAAAACUGGGCUUGCUUUCUGGGUAUUAUAAUUCUAUUCUAAAAUGUACAGCUGUUGGUUCAUUCUAAUUUCAGAAUGUUCUGUAGACAAUAAAUGGAUUCACGAAGUUUCACUGUUCAGUGCAAUAGUUCACAAUGGUUAAGAUGUUGUACUGCUGUCAAGAGAUAGUCCUGCAACAGUACACACUAAGCACUGCAGCACAUACAAAAUACUGGAGGAACUCAACAAGUUGGGUAUCACCUGUUGAGCAGAAUAAUAACUUGUCCAUUACCUCCCUCUGGUUCCCUUUCUUCCUUUGGGCUAAUGUCCCCUAUUAGAUUAUCUCCUCUGCCUAGCUCCCCUCCCCCACCUCCUUAUUCUGGCUUCUGCUCCCUUUUCCAGGUCUUGGACUGAAAUAUCAACUGUUUGUUCCCAUCCAUGGAUGCUGCCUGACUUGCUGAAUACCUCCAGUAUUUUGUGUGGAGCUCAGAUAGUGAGAUCUAGUUUGACCACUUAAGUUGUUUCAAAUAUGUAAAUAAAUAAAACUUGGUAUCAUGAAAAAUUGGUAUUAAUGUGCAUGGAUGUAAAAUCCCAGAUGGGAGGAAAGCUGGCAGCCUUCCCUCUCUAGUCUCCUAUAAACUUCACUCCCACAAUGAGGUUGAUUCUCACUUGCCCUGGCAAACUGGUCAAUUGUCCCAAAUAUGGAAAUAGUAGAUAAAACCUAUUACUAACAUGGACAACUGAAGCAAGGUACCCAUAUCCCCAGAAAACAUUUCAAAUACUCUGUCGGUAUAUAAUGAUCAGAAUUGAAAACUGCUUCCCUUGCUCAGGGAUGUAACUGAAAUGAAUACUUGUAUAAUGUGAAAACAGGUGCUUUGGUCUACUUACUGUCAGACACACACACACACCAAAUCCACUUUGAUAUACACCCAUUUACAAGGGCUAAUUAACCAAUCAUCUGCAUGUGGUGGAGGAAAUUCAAAGAGAACAAGCAAACUCUCUACCAUCAGCAACAGGGGUCAGGACUGAACCCUUUACUUCCUGUGCCGCUAUACUGUCUCCAUGCUCUUUGAAUACACUUAAAUCUGCACUGUCAUUCUUAUUUUUAAAUGCAAGUUAUCUCCUCAAUAGUUUUUAAUUUUUUUUUUCCAGAAUCAGUGCUUUACUAGCAGUGGCAGUUAUUGCCCAUAUCUAACUACCCUUGAGAAGAUUGUGUUGAACCAUCUUGAAGUGGAUCAGUCAAUCAGUCAUCAUUGUGCCAAACUUGUAAGAUGUUCAAGUGAAAGUGCAUAAAGGAUUGGUUUAAAAAAAAGCAGAACUAUACGUCAAUCAAUAUGUCACUUAAAAUGAAACUUCACCUUCUAGCGUAGAGCAUGAAAUAUGAAGAACAGUGAAGAAUAAGCACAAAAUCCCAUUGCACACAAAGACGGAAGAAGUUAGUCAUUUCUUUCACUACUAGUGAUGAUACACGGAAAGUUAAAACAUUUGUCAUGGGAAGUUCACAACUACAGAUGCGCUGGGCUGUUCACACCACUCUCUACAGUGUCCUGUGAUUAAGGGAGGUACAGUUCCUAUACAGGUAGUGAUACAGUCAAUCAAGAUGCUCUCAAUUGUGCCCCUAUAGAAAGUUAGAAUUGGGGGCCCAAACCAAACUUAAAACAUCUGAGGUGAAAGAGGCACUGUUGUGCCGUUUUCACCACACAGCUGGUAUGUACAGACCACGUGAUGUGGAUGCCGAGGAACUUGAAGCUGUUUACCCUCUCAACCCCAGGUACAUUGAUGUCAAUAGGGAUUAGCUCGUCUCCAUUCCUCCUGCAAUCCACAACCUGCUCCUUUGUUUUUGUGACAUUGAGGGAGAGGUUUUUUUUCUUGACACCGCUGUAUCAGAGAGCUGACUUACUCCCUGUAGGCCAUCUCGUUAUUGUUCGAGAUAAGGUCAAUCAAUGUUGUGUUGUCGGCAAAUUUAAUUAGAUUAUAUCCAAUGACUGCCUCCACAGCUAUCUGUGGUAAUAAACUCCACAGACUCACCACCUGCUGACUAAAGACAGUUCUCAGUUCUAUUCUCAAGGAACAUCCUUCUAUUCUGAGACCGUCUCCUCUGGUACUAGACUCUCCCACUACUGUAACAACCUCUCCAGAUCCACUCUUAUCUAGGCUUUUAAUGUUGUGGGUUUCAAUGAGCUUCCUCUUCUCUUCUCCGCCCC